AUGGACUUUGACGAUUUACAGUUAUCUGCCUCCACUUUAGCUGCAUUGCAAGAAUUCAAACAGGAAGAGGAGGGGAGAAGAAAACAAUUUGAGGAACUCUCAAAUUCUGCACAGGCAGAUUAUGACAAAAUGAAGGCAGCUGAGGAAGAUCCAGAAAAGGCCAAAGAAAUUUUUAGUAUAGAUAAUUUUCAGGAAGAUUGGGGACUUUCUCAAUUUUGGUACGCCGAUAGCACUGCAGACACUUACGCAAGGACUUUGUUCGACGGAGCUGAUACUGACACAGUAAUUUGCGUUGUGAGUGCACCAUCUGUCUAUUCUGCUAUGAGAAAGAUCCCUAGAUCAUCGUGGCCCACUGAACAUGUCUAUUUGUUGGAAUAUGACAUAAGAUUUAAAAUCCUUGCUGGGGACGAGCACUUUUUCUUCUUCGACUAUAAAGCUCCCGAGAACUUACCACCAAUACUCCUGGGUAAGGUCGACAGACUGCUCAUUGAUCCUCCCUUCCUGGGCGAAGAUUGCCAGGUACGAUGUGCCUUAACUACUAGAGCUCUGUUGUCCGGAAAGGCUUCAGACAAAUUAAUUUCCUCAACUGGUCAGGUGACAGCCAAAGUGAUGAAGCAAAUAUACCCCGAAUGCAGCAUCACUGACUUUGAGCCAGAACACAAGAAUGGUCUUAGCAACGAGUUUUCUUGCUAUGCCUCUUUCGAAUGCGAUGCCUGGAAGUUCGUGACUUAA